AUGAAUCUUCUCCGGCCGCCAUCGUCAAGCUCCAGGCAAGGCAGGGCAGGGAAAGGCAGGACAAGGCAGGGCAGGGGUGCUCCUGUUGCCCUCGCUACCCGAUCUGAUUCGGUAGUUGGUGCUCCCAUCGCCCCUGAUGAUGGAUCUAGUUCGGCCGCCGGAUGUACCCACCAAGUGGGUUUACCAAUUUUCUCUAGUCAAAUGGUCCUUGAUACUGGUGACAUCUCUGCCAAUCAACAAAAGGUUAAAGAUAUUGCUGUUGGGGGCAACUACCUGUCUACCUCCAUUCCGAUUCAAUAUUCUAAAGGAAAUGGAGGACAGCUAUUGUUGUACUACAAAUCACUUCCACCUAUAAGCAAGGCAUAUGGGACAUUGUGUUUCUUUACCACCGUGCUAGUUCGGCUCGGGAUCCUGAAUCGGUCAUUUCUUUACUUAGAUUACCCUUCGGUGUUCAAGAAAUUUGAGGUAUGGAGGCUAUUUACAAGUUUCUUCUUCCUGGGACCAUUUUCCAUAAACUUUGGUAUUCGCCUUCUGAUGAUAGCAAGGUAUGGUGUCAUGUUGGAGAAGGGAGUAUUUGAUAAACGGACAGCAGAUUUCUUGUGGAUGAUGAUAUUUGGUGCCAUCUCACUAUUGGUGGUGUCUGUUAUUCCCCUAUUCAAUACUUACGCAUUGGGAAUACCUAUGGUCAGCAUGCUUGUUUAUGUCUGGAGCCGAGAGAAUCCGAAUGCUCAGAUAAAUAUAUACGGCCUUGUCCAAUUGAGGGCAUUUUAUCUUCCAUGGGUUAUGCUCUUAUUGGAUAUGAUAUUUGGGUCAUCAUUAAUGCCUGGCCUUCUGGGUAUCAUGGUUGGACAUCUCUACUACUUCUUUUCAGUGUUGCACCCUCUUGCCACGGGAAAGAACUACCUCAAGACUCCGAAAUGGGUGUAUCCUUUUACACGGUCAUGGCCAAAGCAUUCUCUCUCAGUUUGCAGUUAUAACUAA